ACCAUCAACAACAUUGGGAAAUCAAAGAAAUUCCAAGAAAAAAGUUGUCGAUUUUGGUUAUUGCCAGUGUGUCUUUGUGAUUUAGCAAUGGCAACGAGGCAACAAAAAGAAGAGAGAGCCGAGGCGGCAGUGAGAAUUGCUGGAGCUGACCUGAGAGACGUGAACCGAGGAAGAGAAUAUGAAGAGAGAGUUUGUAGGGUUGAUACGACGACAGAUCAGCCUCAGCAACAACAGAAGAGACCAGGGUUGAUUGGGUCGGUUUUGAAAGCUGUGACGGGGACCAUUGGGCAUGCCAAAGACGCCCUUGUUGGGAAGAGCUAUGAGGCUGCUGAGGCAACCAAGGAAGGAGCUCAAACGGCGGCGGAGAAAGCCAAAGAGAAUAAGGACUACACGACGGAGAAGGCGAGGGAGACUACCAACAAGGCCAGUCAAAAGAUGGAAGAAUAUGAAGAUUACGCAGCGCAGAAGGCUAAAGAAGCUAAAGAAUCUACUACAGGAAAGGCGGGAGAGAAUGCCGAGAAAGCAAAGGAGACUGCUGAUUAUCCUCCACAGAAAGCCAAGGAAGCAAAAGACAAGACAAUGGAGAAGGCGGGAGAGUAUAAAGAUUACUCUGCUGAAAAGGCAAAAGAAGCUAAGGAUAAAACGUUGGGGAAAGCUGGAGAGUAUAAAGAUUAUAACGCAGAGAAGGCAAAGCAGGCGACGGACACGACGUCGGGGAAGGCUGGAGAGUAUAAAGAUUAUGCGGCGGAGAAGGCAAAGGAGGCGAAGGACACGACGUUGGGAAAGGCUGGAGAGUAUAAAGAUUAUGCAGCAGAGAAGGCCCAGGAGGCCAAGGACACUACAAUGCAAAAGGCUGAGGAACACAAGGAUUAUCCGGCUGAGAAAGCAAAAGAAGGGAAGGACACCACUGUGGGUAAGUUGGACGAGCUCAAGGAUCCUGCUGCUGGUGCUGCCAAGAAAGCAAUGGAUUACUUGACUGGUAAGAAGGAGGAAACUAAGCAGAAGGCCGAAGAGACGGCAGAGUCAGCUAAGCAAAAGGCUGAAGAGCCUAAAGCAUCUGCUAAACAGAAGGCUCAGGAUACUAAAGAGUCCGCAAAGGAGAAGUCGAGUGACUCGGAGGACGCAGCUUGGCAGAAAAUGGAGGAAUUGAAGCUGAAAGGUGAAGAGCCAAGGGCUGCACGUAAGCAUGGAAGCACAGGAAGAACUGUGCCGGCGGGGACGGUUGAGAACGACAUUGAAGAGACACAUCCCGGCGCCAUUGUGGAAACAUUGAAAGCGGCGGAUCGGAUUACGGGGCAAACUUUCAACGAUAUUGGACGCAUAGAUGAAGAAGGCGCAAUACGCAUAGAGCGGAAAGAAGACGGCUAUGGCAAAAUGUGAUGAAAAGUUGUAUGAAGAAAGCUAAAUAAUAUGGUUUUGCUUCGUUUCUAUUUUGUUCUGUUUUUGUCUCUCGUUAUGUAAUUUGAAGCUAGUUCUUUUUGGGCACGUUCAAGUCUCCUCUAUCGUUCCUAAGCUAAGACCAGUUGUUGUUCUGCUACUAUAUCAAAUAUAAUUCACCAAUUCAGUUUCAUGUUACA